AUGCCAAUUCUUUCGGCUCUAAUUGCUAUCAAUCUUGUAUCGCUUCCGCUCAUAAUUAUUGGUUGUGGCAAGAAAGAGAAUGUGAGCUCCAAAUGGACAAAUUGGAAAAAAUCUUUACAAUUUCAGGAAAACGGAAACUCGGCCGGCACUCGAGACCGUGGAAAAUCCGAACAGAAUGGAAAUGGAACUGUGCAGAUCAAUUUCUCAGAGGUUAGAAUAGAAGAAGGAGCUGAACGACCUGCAAGAUCAACCCGAGCCGAUGUUUAUCAUGAAGCCGCCGAGAAUCUGGCUUACCCGGCUUCGAUGCGAUGUAAAAAUCAUGAUGAUGCUUGGAGAGUUAGUUGCUAUAAAUAAAAUGCCUAAAGCUCGCAUUGUGUUUCAGAUUCUCGCUUUAUAUCUGGAUUGCAUUCGUGCAGUCAAUCCGACGGAAUUCAAUCAGUUCAGAUGUAAGAAGAUUUCCAUUUCAACAAAAUUUUCUCAAUUAAUUUUCUUUUUCAGUUCUCGACGCCGCACUCGCUCUUCUUCACGAUUUCAGCCAUUAUAUUCGUACUGGACAACUUUCGAAUGACGUAAUCGCUUUGGCCGUCGUCUACUUUCUCGUCGACUUUCACAAGCUCAAAGUGAAUUUGGGAUCAGACAAGACGCCGUGGUACAAGGUUCUGUGCCGUAAUGCACAAUUGGAAGAUCUCGAAAGAGCAAGAGCGUUCAUCGAAAGCGAACUACUCGGGUUCAGGUCGGAAGAGACUGCUGUAGAGGGAUUCUAA